GAGGGUUAAAUUACCGUACCUCCGGGGUGACGCGUCAGGAAUGUAAACUUUACGGGGGAGAUUUGAGGGAAGGUUUGGGACCUCCUGUCGGUCCAGUAUGGAACCAAAUCUUGCCGCUACCAGCCUUGCCGAGACAUAAGACAUGAAAAACCUUACAAGAUAAAAUAGUGUAUUUUUGCAAGCGUCUACAAAACUCCGUCCAGCCAGCGACCCAAUCAUGGCCUUCAGCCGCAGCAGCCUCCCGUCACCCACGGAGAUGACCAUUGCCUCCCUCCGCAACUCUGUGGACAUCCUACAGAUAGAGAACACCAGCUUAAAGGCAGACCUGGAACGAGAACGUGGUGUCAUAAGACACAUGCACCGCGACCAGUUCGCAAAGAUAAAACAACUCCAGGACAAGGAACAACAGAAUGUGUCCAUGAAGGUAGAAGCCGUGAGAAACCAGCUCCAGCUGGAGAAAGAGCAAGAACUCGCCAAACUACAGGAUUCUUUAACCAAGGAGCACAAUGCAGAGGUGCAGAAGUUGUUAAGACAGAAGGAAAAUGAGAUGAAACAGAUGCAGGUUAUGUUUAACAAGGAGAAAUUAGAGCUGCAGACUCGUCUGAAUGCCGCUCAGAAGGGGGAAACAAAUACUGACAGGUUGCACAGCAGUUUUGAGGCAGAGAAGUCUCGGUUACAACAGGAGAUCAGCUCCCUAAAGGAAGGUAAGAAGAAGCUGGAGGGGGAGUUGAGCUCAGUGACUGCAGCAGACAGACAGAAGGCUGCAGAACUCAGGCAGGCUCAUGACCAGCUGCAGCAGCAGGCAGCCAAGCUCAGGAAGGAGGCGGACCAACAAGUCCGCAGACUGAUGAAUGAGUUGAAGAGCAGAGAACAUGUGAUAGAACAGCUGGAGAAGGACCUGGGCAGCCAGGCAGGGCAGGCGGAGCACCUGCGGGUAGAGAGGGAGGAGAUGGAGAGACAGCUGCAGCUGGGUAACACCUCACCUGACAGGACCACGCCCAGGAGGAGGGCGGGGUCUGUGGAGGGAUCUGUAGAGGAGAAAGAUCAGAUGAGAAAGAUUUGGAAAUUGGAAGGUGACAAGACUACUAUGGCGAAACAGGUGAAGGAUCUGGAGAGUCAGGUGCGCCCACUGAUUGAUAAGAACCAGCGUCUGGAGAGGAAGUUGGACGAGCUGACCGGUACGGUCAAGAGAAAAGACGAGGAAAACCGCAGACUGAGAGAGCAGUUGGACCUGGUGGACACACGGUUACGGAGGGAGACAGCUGCCCGCAGUCGGUCCAACUCACAGUCCAGUCUGCCCACGGAUGACCUGGAGCAGCUGAAGAGCACCAUCACUGACCUCAAGAGACACAUAGCUGAUAGUGAGAAGAGGAGAGAGUUGGUUUCACUGAGGAAAAAGAAGUCCAAACUCCCCAGCCCCAGGAAGAAAGGAGCAAAGUCCCGUGGUGUUGUGGAGACGUAUUUUGGUUAUGAUGAGGAGGCCAGUGUGUCCUGGGAUUCAGAGUCCUCCUUCUCUGUCGACACAAACUCCGAACUGGACAUCUCUUUCUCCGAAGAUAGUUCAGUCUUUGGUUCAGAUACACCUGAAAAAGACAAGCUGGAGGCAUCCAUGCAGCAGCUGAAUCAGGAGCACCUGCAGCUGCAAAGGGCAUUCCAGCUGCUGCAGGAGCACCUGGCAGCUACCACUGAUGUGGAGAGGGAGGGGAAGAUGCGUGUCCAGCUGCAGAAUGACUUGCUGUUGGCCCAGGCUAAGAUAGAGGACCUGCAGCGAGCACUGAGCGCCCAGGGGCAGGAUACAGGGUGGGUGGAGGAGAAGGAGAGACUCAACCUGGAGAACAGGCAGCUACAGGACAGGAUACAGCAGUUAGAAGGUGUUGAGAAACAGCUGCAGCAUCAGGUGACAGACACAGAGGAGCAGAUGGAGCUGCUGGAGUUCCGUAUCCUGGAGCUGGAGGAGAAGGAGCGCUCCUCACCACUCCUCAAGGAGCCUAAGGACGUUGUUUUGGGAGAGAAGACUUCUUCAGUAGAUGGUGCCAAGCGCCAGUUUGCUAACAGUGAUGAUGACUACAGUGCCAUACAGAGGUUGUGCAAUGAUGAGGGCUUGCAGGACAUCAAUGUAUUUGAGAUGAAGAGAAAAUUAGAAGAUGUCACUCAGAAAGAGGAUCUAGACUCAGAGGAACAGCUUGUUUUGCUGCAGGCUAGGACAAUACUGGACCUGGUGGAUAAGAAACUGAAACACUGGAGAUCAGUAGAAGAUGACCUUGGAAAGACAGUGGAGAAAUUGACAGAGGAGAAGACUGUUCUGACCAGACAGAUGUCCCAGAGUGAGGAUGAUCACGGGGCAACACAACAGCACCUACAGGCAGCUAACCAGAGAAUAAAGGAGUUGGAAGACCAGUCGAUUGCUGAAGUCCAGUCUGCACAGGCGGCCACAGCUACUGCAGUCCAGGGUCUAGAAGACGAGAACGCCCAGCUGAAACUCAUGGAGGCCAAGGCCAGGGCCGAGAAGGACGUUGCCAGGCAACAGGCAGACAAGCUGGAGGGAAUCGUGCAGGAGCUGAAGCAGAAACUGGAGAGUUCAACCCAAGGUCGCACCUACGAGAACGAGCUGCUGUUUCAGAACCUGGACAAACUCAAGGAGGCCCAGAAGAGACUAUCUGACUUGGAGCAGGAAGAGGAGAGACACAAGGCCUACAUCAAACAGCUAGAAGACAUCAGGGCUAGUUAUGAGUCUGACCCAGAGUCCCCACUGGCACUGUCGUCAACAGAUAUACUACAGAAGGAGGAUACUUCAAGUCUUAAGGAGAGAAUUCAAGACUUGGAAGAGAGUGAAAGAAAACUCCAGGAGAAGGUCGAUGACUUGUCUGCCCAGGGUGACUCCUUAAAGGAGGAGAACUCUCAGCUGAAGGAAAGAGUGACAUUACUGGAAGACAAUGAUAAAGAGCUUCGAGACUUGGUGGAAGAACUGUCUACGUCAGAACUGUCGCUGAAAGGGGAGAACACAGAACUUAAAGAACAGAUUCUCAAACUGUCAGAAACUUCCUUGCAGGAUGUUAAUGGACAGAAGGAGAGAAUAGAAGAUUUAGAGGAAAAUAUCAACAGAUACAAGGAGCUCAUUGACAAGCUGACAGACUCCAGCAGUAAACUUCAGGUAGAAAAUGCUGAUCUUAAAGAAAAGCUGCAAGACCUUGAGGUGCAAGAACAUCCUGUUGAAGACAACACUGUCACAAGCCCUACAGGAAACAUUGAACUGGAAAAUAGACUACGGAAAGUAGAAGAGGAAAAUAGAAAACUUAAAGGCCAGGCAGAAGACUUGGCUGCCACAGAAAGCAUUCUAAGAGAGGAAAACCACAACUUGAAGGAAAUCAUUGAAGACAUUGAAAAACAGGCCAGUGAGUUCAAGGAGAUGAUGGAGAAGAUGACUGCAUCAGAGAAAUGUCUUGAAGACAAAAAUGCCAAACUCAGGGAUGAAGUGUCUAGGCUGAAGUCUGUGGCAGAGUCCACAACAGAAGAAAAUGACAGAUUAAAAACAGAGGCCAAGAAACACAACCAUACCCAAGAGGAGUUGACGCAUGCCUUGGAAAGUGUGAGGGCUGCUGAAGUAGAGCUUAAAAAGGAGUGUCUGAGCUUAAGGGAAAAAAUCUGGCUUCUCGAGGAGAAAGAAACUACACUGAAAGAAGUUGUUAAAGACUUCAAGACGACAGAAGGUGACCUUCAGGAUGAGAACAACAGACUGAAGGAUGAACUUGAAGGUCUCCAGGAGACCAUGAAGGAGUUGGAGAUUGCAGGGAGUAGUUUGCCCAGGCUUGGAUCAGAAGGGUCAAUGCCAAGAGACGGUUCAGUGGAUCUUGAUGAAGAUGAGACAGAGCUGUGGAAGAAACUUGAGAACUGGGAGUUCAAGAGGGACAGUAAUUCAUCUGCCACGGUUAGCAAGGUGUCUGAGGAGAAAGAGACACAGACAGAUACUCUAGAGGACACUCAAAAUGCCAUACCAACAAAAGAAAACAUUUCUCUGGAAGACAAAGAAACACAGACAGUAAAUGUAGCAAAGAAGGAAGACCCUGAUCCCAGGAUUACUAUUCUUCCAAUCAGGAUUCCAAAGAUUUUGGAGGAAAAGCAUGUACAGACAGAAGGACAGGGAGAGGUUGUUACACAUGUUGAGAAGGAGAAUGUCAGGUUGAUGCAAAAGAUCAGAGAACUUGAAGAUACCCUUAAGUCUUCCGAAUGUCAGGGUCAAAGUAGUUCUCUCCCCGAGAAACCAGAAGAACUCAAAGUUGGAUAUGGGUUUUCUCACUUCUGGCCAGACGUCAGUGAGAGUGCCAAGAAGAGGAUCCGUGAGCUGGAAGCCAACAAAUAUGCCCUUCAGGAGGAGCUGGAACGGGUCAAAAAGUGUGAGUCUCACCUCCGUACCAGGAACACUGAGCUGGAAACAUCCAUACAUCUGCUGAGUGCUAACCUGUCCAGAGCACAGGAGGGGAGAGAUCAGCCAGAGGACUAUGAAAGUUUUAAAGAGGACCAAGAACAGCAGGAGUGUGCUAUUGGUACCCUGGAGAUGGCCACCAUGGUGUUUGAACAGAAACUGGCCCAUCAGAAGGCAAUAGGUGAUGGGCUGGAUCGUGCCAUAUUUGGAGUUGAUCCUGCAGAAUGUAGGAGAGUAAACUGCCCUCUGUUGGGGAAACACCAUCAGCUGUUGCAGGAAGAGGAGCGGUUAAAACUGAAGAUUAAAGAACUAGAGGUAACGAUAGCAACGUACAAGGAGCAGCUAGCUUUGUUGAAAGAUGCAGAAAAGGACGAACUCUUACAGAAAGUGGUGGACUUAGAAGUCCAACAGAAAAACCUUACAGAAGAAAACAAAGGGAUGGCAAGAGAGUCAGAAGAGUUGCGUGUCCAGAUAACAGACCUGAAGGCAGCCGAGGAGGACUGGAGAAUGCGUGUUCAGGAACUGGAGGGAAUCGGACAGUCUGGUACUGAAAGUGAGAGUGAGAGCCACGCUAGACGAACCAUCAAAGAACUGGAGAUGUCUGAAAGAAGACUUCAGCUGGAACUGGAGGAAGCAAAAUCGACAGCCGAAACUCUCAAAGACAGAGUCUUGGAACUGGAGAGAAUUGAAAGGGAGUUAAGAGAAGAACUGGCAAAAACAAAGCAGGAGAGAGAUGAAGCUAAGGAGGAUGACGGGUCCUUGUCAAAAAGAAUCCAGGAGUUGGAAGAUUCUGAAUCCCAGUUGAAGAGUAGACUUGCUGAUGCAGAGGCAAAGGAAACAGUGCUGACUGAAUCCUUGAAGUGUGCUAAUGAGAAGGCGAGGGAACUUGGGGAGUCACUGAAGUGUGCAAACACUAAAGUCGAUGAACUUGGUGAAGCUGCAAGAGACUCCACAGAAAGAGAAGCAAAGCUGGCUGACCGUAUUGAGACACUGGAGAAGUCGGAACAAGAGUUGAUGGAAAAACUUGAGAAAGUACACUCUGAAUCUCAGCCGGAAGACCAAGGGCAAGACCGUGACUUGAAGGAAGCAAAAAUCCAUUUGCAAAAAAGAGUUGCUGAGCUGGAAGCUUCAGAAGCUGCCCUCCAAGAACGAGUUGAAAUUCUGGAGAAAUCUGAAAAAGACUUAUUGGACAAGCUUUCUAAAGCCAAUGCCAUUGCAGAGAAGAGUAGUGACUCAGAGCUUGAAAGUGAGAUAAAACAGCUAAGAAAACAAGUUGGAGACUUUGAACAAACUGAAAGGCAACAUAAGGAAAGAAUUGCUGCUCUUGAAGCUUUAGAAGGAUUUCUACCUCAGCCUGUGGAGAAAUCUGAACAAGAAUUCACAGAAAAGUCUGAAAAAGCUGAUGAUAUGUCAGAGCUACAUGAUCUAAGCAGUGAAGGAGAAAGUGAUAUGCAGUCGUUAAGAAGGCAGUUGAGUGACUUUGAAGAAACAGAGGCUCACCUGAGAGAAAGAAUUGCUGAGCUGGAAGCUUCAGAAUUGGCACUUCAAGAACGUGUUGAGAUCCUGGAGAAGUCGGAGGAAGAACUGAUGGAGAAACUAGGAAAGGUCAGUUCCAUCAGUCAGCCUGAGGAUCCAGGAACUGACCCGGGCAGUGAGUUACAGUGGCUGCGAAGUCAGCUCAUCGACUCGGAGGAAACAGAGACACAGCUGAAGGCAAGAAUCGCAGACCUGGAAGCUUCAGAAGGUGCUCUCCGAGAGACACUGGGACAGGCUGACACCAUCAUGAGUGAGAGAGAGGCUGGGUUUAAGGACCAGAUUGAAGUUCUUCACCUCACGCAAGUCAAACUUAAGGAAAGAAUCUUUGAGCUGGAGACAUCUGAGGAGGAACUCAAGGAGCAGCUUUUUGAGUUUGGGGUGGUCUUUGAUGACGGUGAUCUGGAAAAGAAGAAGGAGAGGAAAAAGUCGGUACGAGACCAGGAAACAGAAGGUGACUCUCUGGCAGAUGAGAUUGGGAAGCUGCGGGGUACAGAGGAGAUGAGUGCAGCUGAGUCUCUCACAGAGAGUGCUAGAUUAGAACAACAACACAUCAACUGGGAGAACAAGUGCAAAGAACUAGAGGCAGAAGAACAACUUCUCUCAGAAAAAUGUAAAGUCUUAGAGGAAUCUCAAACAUCCCUGACAGAGCAGGUCAAGGAACUCCAAGGUUCUGAAGAAAACCUGAAGCAGGAAGUGGAGAUUCUCAAUGAGGUAAAUGGGUCCUUGGAGAAGGAGCUGGAAGAUCUUAAGACAUCAGAAAAAGCACUGAAGGACGCGGUUAAUGAACUGCAGCAAGAAAAUGGAAACCUUAAAGACAAGAUCAAAGAGCUGGAGCAGUCAGAAGUCUCUUUGAAGCAGAAAAUGAGCAACUUGGACAAUACUGAGGAGCCAAGAACAAAGUCAAAUGAAAAUGAGGACGACUUAAAUGAGCUACUAGAAAAAGUAAUCCAGGAGAAGUCAGACUUAGAAGAGAAAGUUCAAGAACUUCAGCAGUCAGAGAAGUUGCUUAGGGAUAGAUUGCAGGAGCUCCAAAAUCCAGACGGAAGUGGGCAACAAGACAAAGAACAUAGUCUGGCAAAGGAGAAUUCUGAGCUAAAAAUGAGAAUACAGGAGUUAGAGGAGGCAGAAACUGCAUUGAACAAGAGGAUCCUUGAUCUCAGGAAUGCAGAAGCAAAGAAACAAACUGCUGAACCUCAGCACACUGUCCCGGAGAGUGUUGAGAAAGAGAAUGCAGAACUUAAAGCCAGGUUACAGGAGGUUGAAUCCAGUGGGAUGGAUGAGAAGGUAGCCCAGCUACUGAAGGAGAAGGAGGAGUUGGAGCAGAAGGUUCUGGACCUGGAGGAGAAGGACCUUCAGCAGCAGGAGAGGAUUCUGGAGAUGGAGAUGGGAGCAGAGUCUGCUGAUAGACAGAAACUAGCACCCUCUAGUCAACAGAAAAGGUUAGAGGAGGAAUUGCAAGAAGCCAAAAAGAGGGUACAGGAGCUUGAAGGAAGUGAGCAAGCUCUUCUGGACAGGUUGGAUGAACUGGAAUACCAGCAGGAUGGCACAGACAUGGUACAGCUGCCCAGAGAGGAGCUGGAUAGGCUAAAGGCUCAGGCACAACAACAGGACAGCACAGACAUGGUACAGCUGCCCAGGGAGGAGCUGGACAGGCUAAAGGCUCAGGCACAGCAACUGGACAGCACAGACAUGGUACAGCUGUCCAGGGAGGAGCUGGACAGGCUCAAGGCCCAGGUACAGCAACAGGACAGCGCAGACAUGGUACAGCUGCCCAGGGAGGAGCUGGACAGGCUAAAGGCUCAGGUGUCCCUCCUGAGGGAGACAGAGGAGAAGCUGGAUGACCUUGAAGAGGAGGAGGAGCAGCUCAAGGACAGAUUACAGCAUUCGAGGCAAAGAUCCAGGAUGGAUGUUCAAGCUGCAAAGCUCCAAAAGAAUUAUGAGGCCCUCCAGCAGGAACAUGAGGAACUGCAGGCUCAAGUGCAUCAGCUGAAGGCCAAGUUGAGGGACGCCACGUUAGCCGGACCUGUCAAAGAUGUUCGUAACAAGCGCACACAGACGGAUCUGUCCUGGAUGGACGGUGCUGUAGACCAGUAUGGACGAGCGGUGGUGGUGGAACCAGAGAUCCCCCGCCCUGCGUCCAGCGCGGCGCGGCCCCCCCACACCGCCGGCAGGAUGAGCCCGGAGCAGCUGGACCAGGAAGUACAGAACUUGAAUGUGGACAUUGGGAAUCUUCUGGAACAAAAGCUACGACAGAAGCCUGUAUCCCGCGGCGUCCCUCCCCUCCCUACCUCCACUCCGCCACACUUACGACCACGCUCAGGCUCCCAGCUAUCCCAUCAUACCAUGGGUGACGUGUCAGACAUGGACAGUGAGGCUGAAGCUCCGCCCCUUCCCAGCUCUGCCCCGCCUCCCGUCCGCCCGCGGGCGCAGACCACUGAGUCAGAAGGGUCAGAGGUCGGGGCGGUACCUGCCAUACGGACCUCCCCUCCCACCCCCCCUCCCCAGGACUUCCCUCAGCGGGGUUCUGUGGGUGCCAAGGUCGCGACCUUCACUUCCCCACAGGACGACGCUGGCUCUGAUACAGACCAGGAUGGGGAAGACCUCCCAGAGGAAGGAGCUGUAGCAGCUCGUGUAGCAGCGUUUGAGGCCCAGAGUCCGCUGAAGUCCCCGGGAGACAGGAGCCUGCCGGACAGUGGGCUGGGCAGGACACUACUGGGGACAGACAGCAGUCUGGACACUACAGCUAGUCCUCCUACUGGACUGUUUGACCCUCAGGACCAAAUCAACAAGUGGGUUGAAAAUCGCCGUCAGCGUAAGGGUCUGUCCCGCGGCUUCACUGUUCCAGUCGGAACCAGACGCAGGCGGUUCUAUGACAGGAGCGAGGAGAACAGCUUGGCAGACGAUCCUCCCCUGCAGAGUCAACCUGACCAGGACAGCGCUGAGGAGCAACAUGUGAAGGAGUUAAAGGAAACUAUUGAACAGCUGCAGAAGGACAACCAGGUGAAAGAUGAAGCUCUGAAGGAUCUUCAGAAGGCAUUAGAAGAUUUACAAGGAGAAGUGAAGGACAAAGAAGGAAAGUUGCAGGAUGUCAGUAAGGCAGAGAGACAGCUACAGGAGGAUAUCAAGAAACAUGCACGAGACCUGGCACACGGGAGGGAGGAGAUCCAGUACCUGGAACAGACCCUGAGAGACAAGGAAGAAGACCUACGGAAGCUGCGUGAGGAUCAGAGACAGCUGGAGAGAGAUCUCAGGGCCAAGGAAGAUGCCAUGGCAAGUUCUGCACAAAUGAGAGAAAAGGUACUUGGUCAGGAAAAGGAACUCCAUGAGAAGGAUGACUACUUGAGGAAUUUGGAGAAACAGUGUCGGGAACUGAAACAAGAGGUGGAACGAUUGAAACGUGAGCUGGAGAAGAAAGAACGUGACAGCGAUGUGACCUACUACAAGGCCCAGGCACAAAUGAAGGAAGGAGAGAUCAGACAAAAGGAUGAGGAGAUCCACAGGCUGAGAACAGAGAACAGGAAGCUGGAGGGUGAAGCCCAGCAGGCAGACAGACAGUGUCGGAAGCUGCAGAAGGAGAAGGACGGCCUGCAGGCACAGGUGGCGCGGCUGCAGCAGCUGGAACAGAGGUGUGCCGAGCUGCAGAAACUACAGGACACGCUCAAGAAGGAGAAUGACCAGCUGCUGAGGAAGGCAGAGAAGCUGCAGAAGGCGGAGCAGGAGAUCAGCCUGCUGCGGGAAACCGUGGCCACGCUGCGAGCACACCUGCGGGACAUCGAGGCAGUCGACAAGGAGAAGGAAGAUCUCAGGGCCAGGCUGGAUGCCAUCUCUGACCUCAAACAGAGGAUGGACGGUAUCCCCACCAGUGACUAUGACACAGACCAUCCCAGUAGAGGCUCCCCUUACAUGAUGACCCGCACCCUCCCUGCUGACCUGAACAUGAAGGAUCUGUCCAGCAGAACUCCUACUGCUCCUACAGACACCACAGCUGACAUGGAUGAGGUCUCCAGUAUUAUUGACCUUGAGGUCAGGACAGCCUUGGCUCCUUUACAGGCCAAGGUGUCUCGCAUGCGUGUGAAGUGUCGUGAGAGAGACAGGAUGAUCAUGACCCUGCUGGAUGAGCUCCAGCGCUCCGUGGACCCUGAUGUAACAAUAGUCCAUACAGCUGAGGACCUGGCAUCAGAGAUGUUAGAGGAGUAUGAUGACCCCAUCAGCCCCAUCUCUGGGAGCAUGGGGAAUCUCUGUUGCUAUGCAGCAUUCGGGUCAUCCUCAGAACGAAGCUCUGGCCAGGCUGACAGUGGUCGAGCUUCAGACAUCAGUAGAAGACAGAUGGUUCGACACAGUACCCCCACCACUGGGGCAUCUACCUCCCCUGCCCCCAGUGCUGGCACCAGGUCAUCCCCCCUGUUGGAUGACAUUGACGUUCUCCCCACACGGCUGGAUAAUGGACAUGCCAUCAAAGAUGACCUGGACCUGGUGCCUGUACGAAGGAGAAGGAAACAGAGGCCAAAGUUGACAGCAGGCCAGUCCAGCCCUGAGCAAAUGUUAGAGCUGCACCAGACCCUCCAGGACACACACACCAAUAACUAUGAUGUGCCGUUCCUGCCCCUCCCUCUCCCUAAGCUGGAUUCUCCUGAGAGCAGGACCAGGAGGCCUCGGACUUCUCCCAGCUCAGACGGUGACAGGAACAAACAUGGCAGGGAGAAGACCCCAAACCGUAGUGGGACACGGUCUCACACCUCAUCAAGGCAAGGAAUCUCGUCAAAGUCCAAAGCAAUCUGGGACCAAUUCUACAUCACCAGAUGCAUUAUCCAGGUCACAUGGACCGAACUGGUACCCACCCCCACUGAAUGA